GGCCGAGGAAAUUAAACACAUCGCAACGAUGUCACGAAAAAAGGAUUAAAAACCGGGGCGAGCGGCGCCUCGGUCUAAUAUCCUCGUAGCAAUUUUAAACACAUGCUUCAAAGAGCACUCCUAUGCUGUUCGCCGUAUUCCAAUAGGAAGGAGAAGGGGAGCUAUGCCGGUAUUGCCUUCCCUCGGCGACGCCUGAUUAACCAUGAUGAAGACCGAGUCCCCGUCCUCAGCGAGCUCCAGCACAACCACCAGCUCAAGCUCCACCCUGCGGAGCCCCUCUCCACACCGGAACGCAUACGAGGCGGGCAUCCAGGCGCUUAAGCAGGCCAAGGAGGCCCUGAGCAGUACGGCCAAUGGGGAUGGUCAGGACAGCAAGCCCAAACCCUCGUCCCGGGGCCGCAGGUAUGGCUCCAAUGUGCACCGCAUCAAGAACAUGUUCCUGCAGAUGGGCUCCCCGGUACCAGGCGAGGGCGAGGACCCCAGUAAGUCUAAUGACCGCACAGUGCGGCUGUCUCUUCCACGGGCCAGCAGCCUCAACGAGAAUGUGGACCACAGUGCCCUGCUCAAGUUGGGUGCCACCGUGUCGGAGCGUGUGAGUCGCUUCGAUCCCAAGGUGGAUGGCGGGCAGCACAGGGUUUCGUCCGGUUUCUCCAAGCUGCAGGAGACUCGCAAGAUAUUUGAGCAGCGGCACCUGCAGGAGAAGCAGGCUGCCACCAACCGCAUCUUGUUGAAGAAGGAGAGGGCGUCUGGCUUCCAGGACAGCCGGCUGGAUGUGGUGGUGCGCUUCAAUGGCAGCACAGAGUCGCUGGACAAGCUAGAUACUGGGGGAGCUGUGGAGGCCGUGUCACCCACCGUCAGCCAGCUCAGCGCUGUCUUUGAGAAGGCUGACCUCCGAAACAACCUGCACCGACCGCCUGCCUCUUCGCUGUCCCCUCGGGGUGUCAGCUCUGCCGCGGGAAGGGUAGGUGUCAUGAACUCCAGGAUCGUGACCAGGAAGGCCAACGUCCUCCCCCCAAGCAGCCAUGAGGAGGGAAGCCCACCCACAGACCGUGAGCCAUCACCUAGGAGUCCCAAGGCGAAGGUGAGCUCUCAGAAAGAGGAGGUCGUCUCUUCUGAAGUUCCAGGGCGGGAUAGCAAUAGAGCUUCUGGAGAGUCAGGUGCAGCAAAGCCUGAUUCAGAGCAGAGCAAGCCAGAAGCUGUGGUGGAUUCUAUUGCCAAGAAUGAGCCAGAAAAAGAGGCAGUGGAGCAGGGGAUCCAGCAAGAUCCUGCAAGCCAAGAGGCAAGGAGCAGGCUGGUGCAGGCUGAGGUUCAUGCCUCCCUGGAGAAUGAGGAGGCAGCUAAGGAAGGUGAGACCCCAGAACUGCUUUCAUCUACCCCUAAGGAUUCCAGCAUCACAGAGGGAGUGGAGGAUGGGGACAAGGGCCUGGAGGAGAAGCCCGAGGAGUCGCUGCAGGGAGAAGAUGGGGCUGAGGAGUCCCGAAGGGAGGAUUACUCUGAGGCGGACCUGGUGGACAUCAGUGCGUACAGUGGCAUUGGGGAGGACUCAGGGGGCAGCCAGCUGGAUGAGGAAGAGGAGGAUGAGGAUGAUGAGGCCUACGAGCCCGAGUCCAGCUGCACUGAGAUCCCGGGGCUGCCUGCGGAGGAGGAGCCACCCCCAAGCCGAAAGAUCCGCUUCAGCACUGGGCCCAUCAGGGUGUUCACUACAUACUCGAACGAGGACUAUGACCGGCGCAAUGACGACGUGGACCCUAUGGCUGCUUCAGCAGAGUAUGAGCUGGAAAAGAGGGUGGAGAGGCUGGAUCUGUUCCCUGUGGAACUGGAGAAAGAUGGAGAUGGCUUGGGGAUCAGCAUUAUUGGAAUGGGUGCGGGGGCAGACAUGGGCCUUGAGAAGCUGGGAAUUUUUGUCAAGACAGUCACCGAAGGAGGGGCCGCACACAGGGAUGGCAGGAUUCAGGUGAAUGACCUGAUUGUUGAGGUGGAUGGCACCAGCCUGGUUGGGGUAACUCAGAGUUUUGCUGCAUCUGUCUUGAGGAAUACCACUGGCAAAGUGAGGUUCGUGAUUGGCCGUGAGAAGCCUGGUGAGCAAAGUGAGGUGGCCCAGCUUAUCCAACAGACCCUGGAGCAGGAGCGUUGGCAGCGGGAGAUGAUGGAACAGCGCUAUGCCCAUUAUGCUGAAGACGAGGACGAGGUAAAGACUGGUGAGUAUGCCACAGACGAGGAAGAGGAGAUGAGCCCCAUGUUCCCUAACGCUAUCGAAGUGUUCGACCUAGCCGAGAAUGAAGACAUGCUGUCACCCAUGGAGAUGGACCCUGAGAAGCUGGCUCACAAAUUCAAGGAGCUUCAAAUAAAGCAUGCUGUCACAGAGGCUGAGAUCCAGCAACUGAAAAGGAAGCUGGCACAUGCAGAGCAGGAGAAGAUGCGCUGGCGCAUGGAGAAGGCACAGCUGGAGCAAAGCCUGCAGGAGAACAAGGAGCGCAUGGAGAAGCUUGAGGGCUACUGGAUGGAGGCUCAGAGCCUGUGCCAGGCCGUGGACGAACACCUGAAGGAGACUCAGGCACAGUACCAGACGCUGGAGCGCAAGUACAGCAAGGCCAAACGCCUCAUCAAGGAGUACCAACAGAAGGAGAUCGAGUUCUUGAAGAAGGAGACAGCCCAGCGCCGCGCUAUGGAGGAGUCAGAGGCAUCCCAUAAGGAGGAGGCAGAGAUGCUAAAGGACAAGGUAGUGCAGGCAGAGCAGAUAACAGAUCUGGAAUCCAGGGUGGAAUCUCUGAAGACAUCCGAUCCCUCAUAAAGAACAGAAGGAAGAGGAAUGAAAUGCUUUUAACCUGACCAUCCAUUCAACUGCAUUUACCUGAAGAGAAAGAAGCAAAGAACCAUCUAUUCAAAUGAUUGGUUGAGCAAAGUUGCAGGGGAGAGAGUUCAAAAAAAGGUGUUUUCAACCAGUGUCCUUCACCAUUCUAGCUGUCAUUUACUCCAAGAUACCCAACGAGAUCAGCACUUUGAUUUCUAGGUGUCUUUCUCCAUGUCACCAUUUGCUUAACAUUUUUUGAGCCCGUAUUAUUGUAACACAUGGAAGAAUGUUAUGUGUAGCUUCCUGUGUUAAAAACAAAUUAUUUUUAUUUACCAGAUAGGAACACCGUUGACGUGGGCUGCUGGCCUGCCUGCCGGUUAGAUUGACUCACUUCCUCUGAGGAAGUCUGGGAUUGACAUUGGCAGCACUGGAGUGCUACCCCUGUAAAGGUGUUGGGAUAACUUGCAUAUAUGGGGCUGUUUGAUUCUUGUGUGUUGUAAAUGCUUCUUUUUUUAUUGAUAUCAAACAAAAAUGAGACAAAAAAAAAAAAAACCCUUACUCCAUACCUCCCAGUGUAUUGCUGGACUUUUUCUGGGAUUGUACAGAAGUGAUAUGAAAUAACAGAUGGGAUGGUCAUGGUUUGUAUAUAUUAUAUAAUAUAUAUAUAUAUCUAUAUAUAUAUUUAAAAUUGUUACUGCAAGAAGAGAUGUGGGGUGGGGCUGGGCUGGGCUGAGCUGUGGUGCCAUGUGCUUUGGAAGUUCCUAUUAAAGCCUUUUUGGGGAAGGGUUGCAUCUAGAAGGGAAAAGGGAAAUCAGCACCUCAAUUCUGAAUGCAUAGGCUUCAGCCAAGCUGUCUGAGGCAUAUUUAGAAGGUUUGAAACUUGGAAAACAAGAUGUGAAGAUGCGUGAGCGCUCUGCUAAAUGGUUAAUGCGUUAAUUCCUUUUUUGCCUUUGCUCAGUAUUAUUUCUUUUUGCUUCACUUGCAAUGAAUAGAGAAAAUGAAUUUGAGUGCCCACGGUAUAUAAAGGACCUACCUUCACUUUGUAAAGUCAGUAACAGUGUUAGUUCUAAGAAGGUCUGAGCCGAUGUUUCCCCGUAAAAGUGCUUGAGUAAAUAGUGUUUUGCCUCUGAGUUGUGUGGUCAUUGUGAACCCAGACGUGGAAGAAAAAAAGGACAGCCUGCGAUGGCCAUCUGUGGCUCAUAUGGUUGGUUGAACAAACUGUCAGACAGCUUUAGCUCGUUGAACGGGCUUGGUCUUGCCGAAAACCCAAAACCUACUGUUGCCUUUUCCUCAGUGCUCUCCCUGUCUUGUGGUGCCACUGGUUCCAGGCAUCAUUUUAGUUUCCCAGCGAUGUCUUGUUUGUUUUGUAAGCAGACAAGGAGUGGGACCCUUUCGCUCUCCCUAGAGUUGUGGUUCAGCAGUGUAGGAGAACGAAAGUUUGUGAGGUGGUGCUCACGUUUCCCACCAUUCCCCUGAUCUGCUGCAGCUGGGUUUAGUUUUUCAAGUAUCCACCCUGGGUGUCACUGGUUCCAGCCAAGUCCUCUGUGCGAGCAGUGUGACCACAAUCCCUUUCAGUCUUAGAUCUCAUUGUGGCCUUUUCAGACGCAUGCAGUGACAUAAAUGUGUUGUAAGCAGCUUCUAAUAUGACAUUUAGGAUUUUUUAUUUUGUACAGAUUGUGUCAAUAGUUUGUUUUUUUAACUCAAGAAUCUUAGGAAAGAGCAAUAGUGACUCCAUUGCUUAAGGCAUGGUUGUUUUUGUUUCUUUUAUUCUUCACUGGUUCAUGUUCAUUGGUUGGUCUUCAAAUGCUGUGCAUUUUAAAACCUUUUAUUUUUAGGGGGAAAGAUGGACCCAAGACAAUGUACCUCCAAGCCACCAUUUUUGUAAUACAUUGUAAACAAAAUUAAAUAAUCCAUGUCAGCAUGGACUCAAGGAUAAAGCUUUUUUAUAUACCUAAAAUUACAAUUUUAGCCUAUAAGACAACAAUCUUACUUUCAUUUCAUGUUCUUUGCCAUUGAUGUGCUUAAUGCUUAAUCAGUAAUUUGGGAUAGUUACUUAGACAACUUUUUCCUUGCAGUUGCAAGACUGUCUUUGUUGUCAGAGCAUGUGUUAAUUCUUUUAACAAAAUAUUGCAAGUCACAAACCAGGUAUCUGGUUGAAUUAAUUAUUUCUAGAAGAGAAAUAGCUCUGCGCCUAGGAGUGUCCUUUGAACAGAACGCCCAUAACUGACAGGGAUAUAUCAUUUGGCUUAUUUAUCAAAGGAUUGUUAAGGCCAGUUAUCAAGUCUGUUUUAGGUAAAUCAGUUUAAAGUGCAGCAUGAGUUGCCAUCAUGACACACAGUCAGGAAGCUGUGAAAACUGACGGUGAUCCUGAGUAGGAAUGGAAGAACCAUAUAAUUUUUAUCUCCAUUGUGACAUAAAAUUCACUAUUCCUUCAAGACAUCAUCCUCUAAAUUUUCAAACUGGUAUGGUGAACUGUUCUAAAAUUCUUCAAGAGCUACUGCUUUUUUAUUUUUUGCACAUUAAGGUAUUUACUUAUUUUUGGAUCUUAUGUUGAAAUUCCGUUCCACUGGUUUUUGGAAAAAGACAUAGGAGGCAGAGACUCAAACGUUAGGAUAGCAUAUAAGGAUCGAAAAUUCAGAAGUUAUUUUCUUUUUUGGAUGUGAAUUAACUGGAUCAUUUUCCUUUGUCCUCCAUUUAAUUCUACACAGGACAUAUUGAAACUUGAGCUGUAAAAUGGAUCAAUGUGUUUUUUCACAAUGCUGUAAAUCUCGAGCAGUUUGAUUGUUGCUUACAUUCCACCCUGGCCCAUGUGUGAUUCUGAACAGUCUCUAACAAGACUCCUACAGCUUGUCUCAUGAGGCUCUCUCUAAAUGUGUCCUUGCUGGAAAAAAAAGGAGAAAUCAAGAAGAAAUGUUUUUGCUGCUGCUGCAGUUUUCUUUGAAAGACACCCUGUGGCAACAGAGUUAAUGUAUGGCACAAGCUCCAUAUUUUACCUCUUAAGGUUUGAGGAAAUCAUUACCAAUAGCAGCAUAAUGUCAGUUUUCUGUGCCCUGUAUGGAACAUGUAUACGUACUGCAACCAAGGCGAGCUACAGGAAGUGCUCGGCCAAGGUUUUGGCGAUUGUUGUCAUCGGGUUUCUAUAAUUGCGCCAUCACUUGUGCAGUUGGUGCAGGACUCAAUAAAACAGCCCUUAAACCCAGUAGAAAGAAGAAAUGAGCUGGUGCGUUCAGAGGACUCCUGGAGCAGCUGUUGUGUUUCCGCAGUGCAUCAAUGAGACGCGUCAACUCCCAUACGGCCAGUGCUUCGAUAUGUGUCAUUGCUGUGUUUGUGCAAACCUGUUAUACAGAUACUUGAAUCCCCCUUUUCUAUGGAACAGAAAAAAACUGUUGUUCCUUUGUACAAGCAGUCACCUAAUCAGUCACACGCUCUAUCAUCUGCUGCUGAUCAAAAUUAAUUCAUUGCUUAGCUAAUGCUUUUAUCCAAAGUGAAUUACAGUGUUUGACCCAUUGAUACAGCUGGGUGUUUUCACCGGAGCAAUUCAGGGUAAGUACCUUGUGCAUAAGGGUACUACAGUGAUGGCAGGGAAUGGGGCUUGAACCGGCAGCCUUCAGGUUUACAUGCCCUUAACUGCUACGCUGUGUGCUGCUCCAAAAGAAAGUUCUUCUGGAUUGAAAGUUCACUUAUGGCCCUCCUCUUGCGGCACCCAAAUGGAACAGACUGAUGAACUUUGAAAUACUGUCCUCGAGAUGCAUCUGACUCUGCUGGACUAUUUUCCUCCUAACAAGGACUAGCCUGGGACAGACUGGAAAAACAAAAAAAAAAAAAAAACUGGACAUCAGAUAUCAGCUCCAUCAAAGUCCGAAGCCUUGUUUGCUGCCCUAACCUGCCUGUGUAACAAACACAACUUGUAAAUUUAGUGUCAAGUGUAACAGUGUCUAACACCAAUAACCACAGUGAGUGAUCCUACUGUCAGGUGUCAACUCAAACUGUUUACACAGGAAUAUUCUGUCAGUAGCAAGUGUGUUUCUAAGGACAAAUGAAAAGUUAGUUUUACGAAUGGAGUAUUUGUGUGGUCCAACCAUUUUUAUACAGGAUUAGAGAAAAAAAAAAAAAAAAAUCAACCAGACAAAAAAGUGAAAAAGAGCAGCAAUGCAAUGAUGUGAGAAUAGUUUAAAAACACUUUUUGUCUUCAUACUUACUAGCUUUUUCAGUCAAUGCCUUGAAUAGUACAUUUUCUAUUUUUUCUUGUUCAGUCUUAUAUCUUAUGCCUUGGUAGUAUAAUUGUGGUAUGGUAACAGGAGCUCAUUCAAAACCUAAAUCCAUAGGCAUUUACUUAGAUGAAUCUCCCAUUGCUAAAUGUACAUUACAGUGUUUAAAAAUAACUUUAUUUUAUUCUUUUUUAAACUACUUCUGUAAUUGGCAGACAAAAACAAGUUGUUUCUGUUGGGGUUCAGAUUUAAAUUCUACAUGUUCAUUAUGCAUAAUUCAGUCAUUAUUAAUAAAUAGGGAUUUGUUGAACAGAAGAGGUAUCUACCAGUCACUUUAUUCUUUUCAGUGACAGCACUGUGUGUGUGUGUGUGUGUGUUUAUAAACAUAGCAAUCUUUUAGAAAAACACAUUGUACUGACAUUGCCAGGUUCCUUUCCCUGUGCAAAAUAGUAAGACUUCCACUGAAAGGGUUCUGUAAAAUAGAGCGAUAUACAUAUGGGCAAUUUUAUUAGCAGAUCUGCAAAGAUUCAGGAAGUGUGCAUUUUGGCUCUACAAUUCAAGUUUACAACUGAGGUUUAAAAAAAAAAAAAUUAAAUUUAACUUUCUUUUCCAGUGAACCUGUUCUGAACUGCACCCAGAUAAAACAGACUGCAGCCACAUUUGUUUCAGGAAACAGUAUAACAUCACUUAUAAAUACCCAAAACAUUACACACAGGAUAAGGGUUACUUUAAAAUAAUGUG